ACUACCUGGGGUGUGACCAGUGUGCAAGGUCGGAAGAGCUUUCACUUCAGUAACUGGAAAAGAGGCACUAAAGAUGUCGGCCAUGCCCCUUGAGUGGGUUGGGAGUGUUUAUUUCUUCAUCCAGUCAAAGCAGAUCCAACUUUCGAAUCUGUAUAAAGACCAAAAGCUGCGUCUGUACCGAGCGCUCAAUAGUGCCCUAUCAGAGUCCAGUGAAAACUGCGAAGGCUCCAUAGAGAUAUUAAAGAUUCACACGAGUGACGUGGACCUGAUCCUGUAUCUAAAAUUCUGCAGCCAGCGGCUAUGCCAGAGAUUUCUCCAGGAUUACAAAGAACACAGGGUGCACGAGCGCAUACAGAAUAAUCUGGAGUCUGACUUCUCGCAAGGAACAGUGCAGGUGACUCUAGAGCUCAAGGUUGACACUGCGACCCUCGAUGACCUACUGGACAAAGAAGAUCAGUGCCUGAAACACAUUGCUUCAUUAAAGCCCACCUACCAGAAGGAUGACGAGCUAGUCGAGCUGGACAGCAUGUUUACAAAUAUGACGUUGGAUCUGAAUGCUCAGAGAAACAAUGUGGCUUCCUCUGAGAGCUCCAGUACCACCUCUACUCCGAACUCCUUACAUUCUAUCAAGAACGUUCCAACUGAAACAAGCACGUUCCAAUUUCAAGACCAAGAGUAUGUUGAUAGUCCUCUGACAUCAGAACAUCGGCAGAAGUUUGCCACAUUAGUGGGGAAGAACUGGAAGAAGGUGGGGCGAUACUUGAGUUUAACCUGCCGGGCUUUGCGUGAUCCUGCUAUAGAGAACCUGGCAUUCGAUUAUAACUCAGAGGGUCUGUAUGAACAGGCAUACCAGUUACUCAACCGAUUUAUGAUGGGCGAAGGGAAGAAAGCCACAUUAAAAAGACUUGUUGAGGCACUAGUGGAAAAUGAAUUGAAUAAUAUAGUGGAGGCCCUGUUAACAGAGAAGCAGAAUGGACUGAAGUAAAGGACUAAUGUAUUGGAGGUUUGUCAGUGUUCAUCAAGAUAUUUUGCACGGAAUCCAUAUUGCCUAUAAAAAGCUGUAAUUUUCCUCUCAAGCACACAUCCCUCUCCAGGAAUUGGUUUGACAACACUGGCACAGAGCAUGGCAAGAUCAAAAAAUAAACUUUAAAUGUUCAAAGCCAGAACUUUGAGACUUGCCUUGGUGCAGCCACAGACUGGACAUUGAAGGUCAUCACCGAUGGGACCUACAGGAAUGUCAUUCUUUAAUAUAGAGUACUUCUGAUUUAGAAUUAUGUUAAAUUUCAGUUGUGGUAAAAUGUUCUUUAUAUGUAAUUACACUUCUGUGACCUCUAUCACUUAUUUUUAUUCGUGGACUUCAACUGCUAUGAUGCCUCACGUAGAGUUCUAGAGCUUGCAUAUCCCAAGAGAAAAGUAGUGACGUCCCUAUAUCAUACACAUGGAUGUAUAUUUACAGAGAUACUUGUCUGCAGUAGAAAUUCCUAUUGUGCUAAUUCCCUAAAAUGGUAAUCAGGGUAAAUUAUAAGUGAGAUUCAUUUUUUUUCCAUCUCUUAUUUAAGCACGGGUAGUGGACAGAAUAUCUGGGAUUAAUAAUCAGAAUGACUUGUAUGAGAUCCCCUCUAUGAUUGAUCAAUUCCUAAAGUGAGUAUGUUCACCCAAAACGCACCCAAGCAGGACAUCUCUGUUAACAUGACUGUAUAAUUAAUUCAACACAUUCACGUAUUCCACCCUUUGAUCAGAUGGGUGUAUAGCGAAGUUGGAUUUGUAAUAAAAUGCACUAACCUGGUCUA